AUGCACCGCGUCGUCGCGGCGGCCAGCAACGGUGCGACCAGUCCGUCUUCAUUACUAGUAGCGCUCGCCGUACCAAUUCGUAAGUGCUAUCCUUGCUUCGAUCAAGCACCCCUACGGCCGCCUCUCCAUCUCCCAAGGAGCAGAUUACACGAGCUCCUUCUCCAUCGCUGUGGUCGAGCCCAUCGCCAGCCUUCGCUACCCCGUGCGUGCCUUCGAAGGCUUCGAUGGAGAGGUCUGUCUCGCUCAAAUCCAGUUCGUUCGGAUGACGUCGUUCGUCCAAGUCGUGUUGCCGCGCAUUUAGCCGCCUCGAGCGUUUGGAUCGAUCGAGCAUGUGGUGCCAUCGCUGGUCUCGGAAGCGACAUUUUCAUAAAUAUCUUUUUGGCCCGCCAUUCUAUCACGAGAUCGCUCUCCUCGUGCGCUCCGUUUCGGCCACAGCGGAGAGACUCUUCGCGCUGACCCUUGGCGCUCGUCUCACACAGCGCUGCGGCUCGGCCCGAAUCGCCAUCCUCGAUCUUCGUCGCCAACCUCUUCAUGGAGCCAUGUGGGUCGAUCGAACUCGUUGUCGGCGAUCCCGAGAGCCCGGGGACCGGGCGGUGGUUGCAGGCAACUCGAACCUUCCAGUCGGUUCCUUCCGUUCGCACGUCCCAGCAUCGACGCUCUUCGACACAGGCUUCUAUCCCCUCCAAACCCGCGAGCGACCGGCUCAUCGACCUCCACAACUUCUUCGCUUCCCGUGGCCGACAUAGCUACCAAGACAGCUUCUACGACCCGAGUCGAGCUCGCCGCUGCUUCGACGACGGCUACCCCCGCUCAAACCUACUCGAUCAUUAG